AUGAAUAUAAAAUGGCUGUUUGGCAUAUCGCUCUUUAACUUUAAUAAAAAAAAUAGCAAACAGAAAUUUGUAAGAAGCCGUAAAAGAUUUCGCACAAUAACGUGGAAAUAUACAAAAACUAUUGGACCGUUUGCUUCAUUUAUAUACUUAUUUAAUCAAAGCAUAGGAUCAGGUUUAUUUGACAUUCCAAGUUUAAUAGAUGAAGUAGGAUGGAUUCCAGUAAUAUUUGGAAACUUUUUCGUAUGUUCUGUUGCAGUUUUUUGUAGUUUAAUGAUUUUAAGAGCCAUGACAAUGAUACCAAAAAAUAAAAAUUUUGAGCAAAGAAUUGAAUAUAGUGCUGUCAUUAAGUAUUUUAUGUCAAAUGAAAAAUAUAGAUUUGUUUCAUUUUUAUACCACUUAGGUAAUAUAUGUAAUAACAUAUGUGGAAUACUUGUUAUAUCAAAAAUAAUAGAUAUAUUCAUUAUUAAAAUAUUUGGAUAUACAUUAUUAUUUCAAAUUUAUCCGGAAGUAAAAAUCAAAAAAUGUUCAUUAACUCUUUUAGAUGCUAUUUUUAAUGGAUAUUAUUAUUCAAGUACAGGGAAUUAUGAAACUAUAAUUAUAUCAGGUUUUACAAUUGGGUACAUUAUUAAUGCAAUUAUAUGUAUACAUUUAUCAUCUAAAGGUCUAGAAGAAACCAUAAAUUAUCAAUAUAUUGUUUUCAUGAUAUUUAUGAGUUCUUUUUUAUAUUUAUCCAUUUCUUCAACCAUAUAUUUGCUUUCUCAAAAUUAUAAUGAUCCCUCCACACCUUUUAACAACUUAAAAAUUUAUAAUAAUCUUAUAUUAAAUAGUUUAAACCAUGAACAAGAUUUAUUAAAAAAUUAUCACAGAUAUAAUGAACUUAAUAAAUUAAAAAAAAUGCUUCCUCUAUGUAAAAAUCCAUUUUCUGAUGAAUGUACAAUUUUGACAGAAUAUGAAAAACUUAGUUUUUCAAAAGGGUAUUACUGGAAAGAUUAUUUUUAUAAAAUAAAGGAAAUUGGAGAUAAUAUAAAGGUAAAAAAGAGUGAUAAUAACCUAAAAAAUUCCCAAACAAAUAAAAAUAAUAAAAUAUAUUUCGAAAACUUAGAUAUUUGCCCUUUUUUUCAUCUAAACCCUUUACUUAAAAAAAAGACAUAUACAUUUCAUAACAACAUUUUUUUCUUUAUUUUAACUCGUUGUUCUAAUGAUUUAAAAAUUAAAAAUAUUUCCAAUAACCAAUAUUUUUAUUCUGUCUAUAAAAUAUAUCAAAGAAGGAACAGUCUAAAUUCUAAAAUUCCAAAAGAUAAAGUUAAAGAAUUACAUAAAAAUGAAGACUUUAAAGAAAAGGAAAAUAAGCAAUUUACAAAUAAAUUUGAUAAUAAAUACUACCAAAAUAAACAGAAAUCAUUAAAUGAAAAAAAAAAAUAUAAUUUUUUUAAAAGUUUAUAUUAUAUGAUUAGUAAGAUAGAGGGGAUAAAAACUUAUUGUAUGGGAAAAACAUUCGCGAAUUUUAUUGAUUCUUAUGGAUUUGUAAGUAAUAUACCAUCUUGGGGAAAUGAAAUAACUGAUGAAGUUAAUGUUUCUAAAUCUAUUUGGAUUUCUACUCUUUUCAGUAGCAUUUUUUAUUUUAUAUUUGGUCUAAUUUUUUGUUUAAAUAAUUCUUUUAAAAAAAUUAAUACAUCUGUUUUGUAUAUUUUUAAUUUUGUUGCCGUAGCACCUAAGGUUAUAACAGGUUCUAUAUCAAUACGUUAUGAUUUAAUGAAUUUAGAUAUAUGUUCUGACAGAUCAGCUUUUUUUUUUGGGUGUAUAGCUCCUUUUUUGUUUGCAUGGAUAUUUUCAAAUGGUAUUAUUUUUUCAAAUACAUUUAAUUAUAUUAGUUUAAUUUGUGGUCUUUUCUGUAAUUUUUUAUCACCUGCCUUUGCAUAUAUAUCAGCUUGUGAAAGUAACAAGUAUAUAUGCAAGAAUCCCCUAAGAAAAUAUACUAUUGUUAACAGAAAAAAAACAAUGUUUUCAUCAUGCACAGACAUUAGAAGAGCACUUGGAAAUAUAAUUGAUACUUUUGAUGACAAUGAUAAAAAUGUUCAAAUAGAAAAAAAUGAAAAUAAUGUAACAAAAGAAUAUCACAGGAAAUUUUCAUUAGAUCAUUAUGAAAAUAAAAAUGGACCAUUAAAUUAUGAAACUAAUAAUGAUAGUUAUUUUAAAUUUGUGAAUGGUGAAUAUAGACUAAAAAGCUGUUCUAACGAUAGUAAUGAAGUCAGAACUCCUUUAAAAAGAAGUUCAAGUGAUUUUAAAACAAUAGAUAAUAGUAAUAUAUUUACUUACGAAAAUAAAUAUCAUAAAAUAUUUGAUGAAAGUAAAAAAGAAACUGUCAUUAACAAUAUGAAUCAUAAAAAAAGAGAGGGAAAAAAGAAUGAAAAAAUGCUUAUAGAUGAAUUAGAAGAGUGUUCUGAAGAAAAGAAAUUAAAAAUGAAAAAAAUAUCUACAUUUUUUAAAGAAGAUACAGAAAAUAUUGAUAAAUCUAAAAAAGAAAAAAAAAAAAAAAAAGUAGCAUUUUUAAACGAACCCGAUGUAAUUAUUGAAGAUAACAUUCCUAUGAACAAAGAAGAAAUUUAUCAAUUUUCUGAAAAUAAAAAUACUUUUGACCAAAAAGAGAAGCUGAAAACAAAAAAAAAAUUAAUGUUUUCAGAAGAAAUAGAAAUAUACAGUGAAGACGGAAGUGAACAAAAUAAAGAAAAAAAGAAAAAAGGAAUAAUAUUUUGUAACGAAAAAAAAAAAGACAUUGAAUACAUUAACAAAAAAAAAAAUAAAAUACAAGAGAAGGAAAUAACGUUUUUAGAUGAAUUAAAAGUAAAUAAUGAUGAUAAUAAAAAAAAUAAAAAUAUAUAUACAUCACCUGAAGACACAAAACUUGUUGAACAAAAUAAAAAAAUAAAGAAAAAAAAAGGUGUACAAUUUUCAGAUGAAGUAAAAAUACAUGACAAUGACAGCUAUAUUCAGAAAAAUAAAAAAAAAGUAAUAUUUUCUAAUGAUAUAAAAGUAUAUAAUGAAUAUAAUGAUGAAAAAAUUGAAAAAACCGAAAAAAAGGUAGUAAUUUCAAAUGAAAAAAAAACAUAUAAUGAAGAAGAUGUAAAAAAAGAUUAUGAGAUUAUCAUAUCUUCAAAAGACAAAAAAUGUGAUGAAAAUGUAGAAAAAAGAAAAAAUUUUAAGUUUAUACAUGAAAUUAAAAAUAUACCAGAAAAAAAUUAUAUUAAGGAGAGUGCAAACAUAUUUCUAAAUAGAGACAAAAACUUUAUUGUAGAAAAUAACUUAAAAAAUGAAGAACCAAUUUUUAAGUCAACCAAUAGAGACAAUCUUGAUAAUGGAAAAUUCGAAAUAUUAAAAGAAAAAAAAAACAUACUUAUAGAAUCAAAAAGUAAUAGUAAUAUCGAAAAUAUUGGAAUGGAUAUAAAUUGCAAUUUAUUUAAUAAAGAGACUAACAAGAAAAUAAAAAAUAAAAGGAAAGUUGAUAUAAGAAGUGAAGAGGAUUAUAUAAUUUCUAAUCUUGAUGUCCGUAAUACUAAUGAUCAUACAAAUAUUAAUCAAAAAUAUUUUUCUGAAAAAAUACCAAAAUAUCAAAUAAAAGUUAGUAAUAAUGAAUUUGCAAGCAAAACAAGCCACGCAAUCCACGAAAAUACAAAUUUUGAAAACAAAAAUAAAAUAUUUAAUAAUGCAAAAGAAAGUAAGAAUAAGAAUAAUAUUAAUAAUAAAGAUAAAGUAAAAUUUGAAAAGGAAGAAAAAGUAACUUUUUUUAAAAAUAAACUAAAUGAUCUUAAAAAACAAAAUUUAAAUGAAAAAAUUAAUUCAUGUGGAAAAUAUGAAAGAAAUUUUAGUGAUUCAAUUGUAAAUUAUAAUGAUAAUAAUAAAAAAAUAGAAAAUAAAGAAGAUGAGUUAACAACAAAAAUUUAUAGUUUUGAAGGUCACAAACAAGUUUUUACUCGUCAUAGAGAAAAACUAAAAUCUCAAUAUAAAUGUACCAUAUCAAGAUUACUAGAGAAUUAUGAAAAAUAUGAUAAUUUAAUGAAAGAUAUAGAAUCCUUAAAAAAUAAAGAGCAAAGCAUUGAUAUUUUUUUUAAUACAUUAAAAAAUCAAACCUUAAAUGAUGAAAAAAAUUCUUGUAAUAGCAUUUUCAAUAAAAAUGCUAAUAACUCUAAUGACAAAACAUUAAUUUUUGAAUCCUUAGAAAAUGAUGAUAACUUACAAAGAGAUAAUACAUUUUGUUAUGCAAAUGAUAAUAUUAUAUACAAUUUACAAAGCAUUAAAUCUGAUGAUACAUAUAAAGCAACGUUUUUAGAAAAUUGCAAAAAUGAAAGAGUAAAAAUGAAUUUUAUUCCAAAUAAGGGGAAUACCUCUUUCAUUUUAAUGAAAAAUGAUUCUGAAAACAACAAUAUGAUAGACAAAACACUUGAAACAGAACAUUUAGAAGAUUUAGUUUUCGAAAAUAGAGAAGCACUUAUUGAAUCAAACAAAGAAAAUUUAAAUAAUAACAAAAUUGUAAUUAACAUGAAAGGAUUGACAAAUGAAAAUGAUAUCAACAACUUCAAUAUUUUACAGAAAAGCAUUUCCACUUAUCAAGAUAAUAUUAUUAAUAAUUCAGAAACAUGCUAUUUUGAUGAAUUACCUUUUAAAUAUAAUAGCAUAGAUAAAAGAAGAGAGACUUUAAAAAUUCAUCCAUUUAUAAAUAAUGAUGCUGAAAACAAUGUUUCAUUCAAUAAUUCUAAACAUUAUUUUCAAAAAGAUGAAUCCAAUAUAAAAAUGUAUAAUUUACAAGUAAAUGAAUCAUCAGAACUCAAAAAAAAUGCAAGUAUGAAUGCAAAUGUAGUAACUUUUAAAGAAAAAAAAGACAUUAAAAAAGAUAAUAUUUUACAACUAUAUGAUUCUAAUAAUGAAGAUUAUUCAACUUGCAAAUUUCUACUACCUCAGAAUAAUAGUAUAUUAAAAAAAGAAACAGAUAUUUUAAACGUAUCAAAUUUAAUUAAAGAAAAUAAUAAUGACGAUAAUACAAAUAAUAAAUGUGAAAAUAACAAAUUAUUUGUUCGACAGAGGAAAAAAUUAAAAUCUUCAUUUCAUGCAAAUGGAGACAUGAUAAUGGGAAAUAGUAAAGAAGCAAUACAUAAAGAACAAAUUAAUGAAUUUCGCAAAAAAAUAAGUAACGAUUCUUCUAUAUAUAGUUAUUAUAAUAGCGAUAAAUUUCCAGAUAUUUUAAAACAAAAAGGAUUACAAAUGAAAAAAGAAGAAAUAACUAAAGAAGAAACUAAUAGCUACCAAAUUGCUAAUGAUACCAAUUUAGAAAUACCAACAGUAAAUAUUACUAAUUCAAAUGAAAUCCCCAUAAAAACUCAAAAAGGAAUGGUAUUAAAAAAAAUAGAAUCAUCUAAAACUAUUGAAGUUCCUAAGCAUAAAACUUUUUACGAGUUUAAAGAUAUAUCUAAAUUGUAUGGAGAAAUGUAUCAGAAUGAAUUAGAAACAGACAAAAAUAAUAAUAAAAAAGAUUCAGAUUUCUCUUUGAAUGAUAAAAAUGUUCUAAAUAAAAAUGAAGAUAUAUCUAGAAAAUCUGAGAGUAACUAUAUUUUUGAGUCAACAGAUAAUAAAAAAAAUCAAUCUAAUAAAAAUAUUAAUGUAGUAGAUAAACAAAAUGAAAGCUCGGAAGAACUUGUGUCACCGAAAAUUGAAAAAUCAGAUGUUAUAAAAAAAAUUGAAAAAAUAUAUAGCGAACUAGCAAAUAAAAUUCAUUCUGGAAAUUCUGAAGAUUCUUCUAAUGAAGAUGAUGAUGAUAUUGAUUACGUUGAUGUAAGUUCUUUUAAAAUUAUUGAUAACAACAGUCCUGUUAAAUAUUAUUAUAACGUUUUUCAUAGAAGUAAAAUCUUAGAUACAAAAAAAUAUGAACAUUUUUAUUCAAAUAAUAUAGUAGAAAAAGGAAAUUUAGAUCAUUUGUGUUCAAUAUUUUUAUUUGGAAACCCUUUAGAAAGAAAUGAAGAAUAUACAGAUAAAAAGGAUAUGAGUUCAAAUGAAGAACUCAACAAUAUUUCUAAUAAUUCUCAAAACACAAAACUUAAUCCUCAAGAUAAAUCUGACAUUUUAAAAUGUGAAAAACUAAAAACUACUCUGAAUUCAAGUAUGCUUGGAACGAAUGAAUUUUUCAAGCGGUCUUUAUCUGGAAGUUUAGAAAAUCAUAAUGAAGUAAUUAAGAAAAGUAUAAAUGAAAGAAAUAGUUUACAAAUUAUCAAAGAAACUUCUUUAAGAAAAUCAAAUAUAAAAUUCAAAGCUAAAGAUGAAGUUAUUUAUUCUGAGGAAUUAAAUGAUGCAAUUGGGGAUGAUAGUGAUGUUAAUAGCCUAAAGAAAAAUAAUUCUGAAAAAAUAGAAAUAAUGAAAAUUAGAAUUCACGUGUAUCCAUCUAUUCUUCAGAAAUAUCAUGUAGAAACUACUUAUGUAUUAUUGGGAUGUUUGACUAUCUUUUCAUUUGUUGGUAUUAUAACUGACUUACUGUUUAGUUGA